ACAAUCUUUCUUUUCAACCUUUUCCAUAAUAUCAUAAUGCGUCUCUUGUUUGUUUCCUAGAGAAGAAAAAAAAGAUUGACCUCCUUGUCCUAAGUCCUUUAAGCCAUUUAAAGCACUCCUCUCCCUUGAUUACAUUCUUCUUUCCUUCCCUUUCCUGCCCCCUUUGGAACUCUGUCCCCGUCUCUAGCUACUUCCCAACAAGUUGCAUGCUCUCUUGAAUGUCCAGAGAAAGGGAGAGAUUAUUUGAUGAAGUAGGAAAGAAGAUCAAGAGAGAAACUGAUCAUAAAUCUUCUCAUAUGGGAAGGAGACAGUUGCUGGGGCCUCCUGGGACCUUGAACACUAUCACCCCUUGUGCUGCAUGUAAGCUUCUGAGAAGAAGAUGUGCUGAAGAGUGCCCUUUCUCCCCCUAUUUCUCCCCCCAUGAACCCCACAAGUUUGCUGCUGUCCACAAAGUUUUUGGUGCCAGCAACGUCUCCAAGAUGCUCAUGGAUGUUGCAGAGAACCAAAGAGCAGAUGCCGUGAACAGCCUGGUUUUUGAAGCAAACUUGAGGCUCAGAGAUCCAGUCUAUGGAUGCAUGGGUGCAAUCUCAGCUUUACAACAUCAAGUUCAUUCUCUACAAACCGAACUUAAUGCAGUGAAAGCUGAGAUACUGAAAUACAAGUAUAGAGAAGCUGCUUCCACCAUCAUUUCUUCUAGUCAUGCUGCUAUAGUUUCUUCGGAGUCCGAUUCGAUAUCUGCAGUUGCACUGCCAUCAUCUCUUCCUCCACCUCCUCUAUCUCUACCCCCACCCACACCAUCAGUUGUUUCUUCUUCACCUCCUUCUGCAUCUUCUUUGUAUACAAUACUGCCUUCAAGCACAACAGGCUAUAGCUCUAUUACAAGCGAUAACAUUCCAUACUUCGACUGAAUUCACCACCCUAAAUCUUUUAAACUUUCUUCAUGCAUCAUGUUUGAUAUGGUAGAAUUAAUGAUCAUCAUAUUGGUGGGGACUGCUCUCCUCUUUCUUUCUACUCCUGUUUGGUUGCUGAGAAUUCUUAGCUAGGCCCAACAUGUAAUGGGUUCUUUUAAUUUCUUUUUUCUUUUAAUUCAUUCCUUUUGCCUUAGGGAAAUACCAGCAUAGAACAUCUACCUCUCUUCGCAGAGCUGGGGUUUCCCAAGAAUUUUCUGUCAUCUAUAGAGAAGGAAUUAAACCCAAAUUUUCAGACAAAUCCAGAAAUUUGAAAUCCAAAAUGAAAAGAAAAACCAGUUUCCGGUGGUUUUCCCACCAAGUUUGGUGGUUACCCAUGUGGGGAAUACGCUUUGACCGAGCCUUAAGCGUAUGCCCACUUUUGUAUCAGUGCCAUUGAAGAAGAAGAAGCAAAACAAUAAUUAAAUUUGGUUGUUGGGUGAAUUGUGAUUCUUCCCCAGACAAAGGGUAAAAGCUGGAAAUAAUUUUAGCUUAAAAUUCGGCCAUUGUCAUUUGAAAAAAUGGGUUCAUUUUUGUUUCUUCCUCAUCUCGUCAUGCUUGUACCCAGAAAAUUGCAUUAUAUAUACUCUUUGGUUUUCUUUCUUUCA